UAAUUUUUACUGAUUUGUGGUUCGCGAUAACACUCGUUAGCACAAAAUGUACAUACGACGUGGGGUGCGUUAUGUAAUUUUUUGGACACUGAUCGUGCUAUUGUUUUACAUAAUUCUUCAACAAUUUUUUGACGCUAGAAAAUCAAGUCCAGUUUACUUUCGAAAGAUCAACAGCAGCCAAAUUGAUAGAGGCAAUUUGUUGAAUUUAAAUCCCUUUCGAUAUGUAAUAAACACGGACUGCGAUACUAGCUUUCUUGUUUGGGUCGUCACAUCAUACGCUGCUGAUGUGUCGGCCAGAAGUGCAUUACGCAGGGCUUACUCGGAGCCCGAAUUGCAAGAAUUGGGAGUUAGAAGAGUAUUUUUAUUAGCAUUGUUACACGGUGACGCUGAAACUCAAACCCACGUCACACAAAAUGCUAUUUUAGACGAAGCACGGAGAUACAAUGACAUCGUUCAAGGCAACUUUAUUGAGGCGUACAAAAAUCUUACCUACAAACACGUGAUGGGCCUGAAAUGGGCUACGCGAUAUUGUAAAAAUGCUUCGUACGUCAUGAAAAUGGAUCAUGACAUUGUAGUGGACCUUUACAAGAUUAUAGAAGUAAUAAAAACAGCCAGUAUAGCUCAUAAUGUUGUGAUGGGUUACGUACUGAGGAAUAUGAUUCCCGUACGCGAACCCAUGAACAAAUGGUUUGUUACUAGGGAUGAGUUUGUUGCGGACUUCUAUCCAGACUUUCUAUCUGGUUGGCUAUAUGUAACGACUCCAAAAACUGCCAAGGAUUUAGUUGAUGCUGCACAAAUUUAUCCCAAGUAUUUUUGGAUAGAUGAUCUAUUUCUUACAGGUAUCAUUAGAGAGGAAUUAGGUAUAAAGUUUCACGAUAUACAUGAAAUUUAUACAACAAAUAAUGAAUAUUUGAAUUGUUGCUUAAAAGCUCGUGCCAAGAAAUUCAAAUGUGAUUUUGCAAUUGGGCCAAAUGGUGGCGAUACAGAGUUACAAGUCAGAUUUAAAGAAUUUGCUGAAUACUGUAGAAGCAAUUGCUUUCCAAGACCUACAAAAUUUUCAGUCAAUAAUACUUGCAUUGUCGCUUGGCACGAUCCUAAUUUAGGCCGAGGCGAAGCUCAAGUAUUUCCCCUUCAAUUGGAUGUGAUGUGAUACGUAACUUAGUACAUUAGACCGGAACUAAUCAAGAUUUUUUUUACAUAAUCUAAUGAUCCUUAGUUAUACAAACUCUUACUGAUGAUC